UACGUGUGCAUUUUUACCGCACCGGUGUGCCGCUGUACUUUCGUGGCAACGGUAGGCCUAGGUCGUAUGCACGUAUAUACUUCAUGUACAUGAUUGCAUAGCCCUGCCGUGCCCAGGCCAGUCCAAAGCUGAACAUCGCACAGUUUGGGUGUGUGUUUUUGGUCUUUAGCCUUUAUCAUUGUACUUGCAUAUUUCAAGUUAACGCCGUGUGAGUCAGUGCUGUUUGCGUCGUGAUUUCCAAAACUGGUUGCACCGUGGAGAGUAAAGGGUUGAAUUUUGUGAGAGUGCAGAGCAGCUGAAUGCAUACAUCAAAGGGGACUGAAUCAGUGGCAUCCCCAAAGUACUCUUGAAUGUACAUUACACUGACCACCUCACCACAACCAGAAUCUGAGAUGACAACUGCCUCUACUAGCCCACCCCCAGCUGAGGAGCUGGAACGCACCGUGGAGCAGUCCGGCCUCAUCCUGACCAAGAAGAACAUCGCCGAUGAGGAGUCCUUUGUCGUCGAGCUGCAGGAGGUCUUCAAUGUGGGCUACCUGACGCUGCACCCACUCUUCGCUCUCCCCGUCUGCUGGGCCUCAGCCAAGAUCCGGCCUGCCCCGAACCGACCUCUGAACUCUGACCUCUUUGACAAGCCAGACGAAGUGCUGGACAUCACCACAGUUGUGGCAUUCCCGAAGGAGGCAAAGAAGCUGCAGAUGCCAGCACAGUUGGAUGUGUUCAGAUGCAGCAGAAUAACGCUACCACCAAAGAAGCUUGGGGGAUCAAAUGAAGAUGCUCUUCUUAUCUACUCAUACAAACCUCAGGAGAACAACAACAAAACCGCAAAUGAUGUCAUUGACAAGUAGUGUGAUCAUGGAACCUUCUGGCAUCCCCCCGGUCUCUUGUGUGUCUACAUGAUGAUCAUUAGCCCCAACCAUCCGGGAUCCAUGGCUGUUAGAGCUAAACCACUAUUACACACCUAGGGCUCCAUUCCCACAAAAAGGAUAAGUAUACAGGAUUUGUAUUUGGUUUUCUGUACAGCACAAGACUUUGUAGGAUUUAGCAAGGCAUCCAGCCUCCCCUCCCCCAAAUCCAGUUGCCAGUCAGUUGCCCCAAUCUACCAACAUCUACUGUAAAACACUGGGCAGAUUCUGUUGGAUUCAGUUUAUUAUUGCAGAAGCCUGAGCACCUUCAAUUUCGCCAUGGGACUCUACUGGUUUCCAAAGUUUGCACAAUUUGUUGUUGGGAAUAAUUUGUCGGGGUGCUCAGGUAAAAAUGGGAAAAAAGGGAUAAAUACAGUCAUUUGACUGCAUCUCUAGAUCUUAAAGAGGGACUUAUUUUAUAAUGAGAGCAAAUAAACAAACAUAAAACAAUAAGAUCUUACAACCAAUUUCGAACUGAACAGGUGGUACAGAACCAAACCCUAAAACAGAAUACAUUUUUAAAGUGCUGCAAUAAUAAUCCAGAGUAAACUCUGUUUAUACCAACAAAGUUACUGGGAUUUUAAAAUAUGAAGAAAUCAAUUCACAAAAAUGAUUUCCAAAUGGAAUUGAAAGUUCAGAAGUUAAUCCCCUGAUGUCAAUAAUGUGAAUUGUAUCUUUUUACAAUCUACAAUUGUAUGUAGUGUUUCACACUGAAGAAUUAUAAAUUUGUACUGCACCUCUGGAAGAUUUGAAAUGUUCCUACACUGCCAUCCUUAUGCAUGUAGUUGAUACAGUAAUUAUAGUUUCGUAAAGAGUGUAUAGGAAUAAGCAGAUGAAAAAUGUACACUUAAUCCAGUGUGUUUAAGGACUUUUAGAUAAAUGGGUUUUGAGUUUCCCAAGUUGGAGCAGAUUGUGCGCCCCUGUUGGGAUGCGAGACCAAAAAAGCUCAAUAUCAUGCACUGUAUCAAUCAGCACUUGUUGAAUGCACUGUGUAUGUACUUGUAUACAUUUAUAUCACAAGAAUUGCCUAGGGUAAGAUGUUUGGAAUUUCACCAUUAUCCAUGGAAUGUUAGAAUGGCAGUUAUUCCUCAUAAAGCCAGACUAUCUUUACAGCUGUAAAAACAACAGAGAGCCAUUUCAACAAUUGUGGAUUCUGUGGCCGAAAAGUUUUGAGCUGCAUGAAAAUGUGUACAUUUUGCACUGGUUUGUAAUUGUGCUCGGCGCAUGUGAAAUGUUAUCCUUCAGCUAAUGUGUACGUGCGUGUCUUAAACAAUUUAUCAUCGUCAAAUUUGCUUUUAUGGAAGAUUCAGAAUUUGUGACCCAACAUUCCAAAAUCAGGCUGAAGUAGGUACAACAGAUGUUUGACUGUGAUGCUCCUCUGCCCUGCUGUGACUUUUUCAUGCUUCAAGGUGAUCUGUGGUCAAAAUUGGUCUGCAGGGAGCUUUGGUAGUUGUUGGCAGUGAAGGUUGUGUAAUCUGUAGUUUAAGUGUACAUACAUUCCUAGCAUUUUCCUAGAUAAUGUUUUACAAAUCUUCAGCCUAGUUUUUGAAUGGAAGGUCACACUGUUAGGUCUUUGGAUGACUACAUUCUGGAUAUCUUUAUGCCUGCACAAGAAGUAGUUAGUGCUUUCAUUAUAUGUACAGACACAAAAAGUAGUUGGACGUUAACCGCUUUUGAUCUGCCAUGUGUUUGUACACAUGUAUUUAGUGAGAAGACCUCCUGCCCGGAGGAUGUCAUGUUACUUGACUUAAAGAAUACACAUUAGCACAAUUGUCUGGUAAGUGUUAGAAUAUGAUCAUUUGCCCUAAGGAUAGCUGGCUUUUUGUUCAUAUUUUUUUGGACAGUUUGACCGAGUGCACCUGCUUGUUAAAUAAUAUGGUUAAUGGUCAGGGAAUACCAUAAAUCUACCUUUUGUGCCUCUGCACGUGCAAAACACCUAUUUGCAUAAUUUCAUGUUGCCCUUUUGAGCGAGGGGUUUAUUGUACUCCUACCAGCCAGAUGGCCUCUGGUCUUCCUCAUUCUAGAAACUGUUGUUGCAGAGAGUCAGGUGUAAUAAAACUGCUUCUAGUGUGGGUGCACAUGUAGGUGAACAUACCCGCUAGCCCAAUCAGGACAGGAUGCCAAGUCACGUUACAUGUAGGUUUGCAGCAUGAUGUCCUAUGCCAAUGCUUGUCCUGAUACGAUGUUCAGUGGUCAGUUGUGGGUAAUGUUUCCAGAAAGUGAACCAUGCAGAGUGAAGGGGUUUUUAUAGGAUGUCUUUCCAUUUGACUCAAUUUUGUUUUGGAGUAGUGGAGAUUUACAGGCGUGGUAAAAUCACACCUGUAGACUUGCUGCAAAAGGAUAGUUAAAACAAAAAGAGAGGAAAAGAUCAUAUCACUCAGUCUUGCAAAAUUACAAAUUGUGUUCAAACAAAUUAAAAAAGCAAAAAUGCUCUUGUAACUCUUGUUUGGUGUGUAAACUUGAAAACUAGGAAACGAACAAGCAUCACACCGCACCAGAUGCACAGUCCAUGUUGCCCGAGUUACCGUAUAAAGAGGUGCAUUUCAUCUCCCCUACUGAACGAAAACUUUCCCAAGGAUUUCUCGUUUGAUGCCCUGGCCUGUCCACAUCAGAGAAGCAACUGCUCAAGCAUGAAUGCUCUAGCCCUCCUUCCUGUACUAUCGCAUGCGGAGUAUAUCUCCAUUGUUCCGUGCCUGUUUGGAUAUUGUAAACUAUUUAGAGUGUGAAGCAUUGCCUAGCAAAUCACAGUGAUGUAGAUGAUAAAUAGAUCCUUAUGAGAUGUAAUAAUGCAUAAAAAGCUUUUUAUUCAUUCAUGUUAAACUGUGCUUGGUUGAAAUUUAUUUUAACUUGUGUGACUCUUUGAUACUAGAUAUUUUUUAGCACCUUCAGUUAUGACUAUCUGAAUUAAACCUUGAAAUUCAUUAUACUAGUUAGCACUUUGUUUAUAAAGAAAAAAAGUACCUUGAAUAAAGGGUCAUCUUGUCAUGAAUAUGCAAUAAUAACACAUUACAUGGUGUGUAAUGUUCACAAUUUAAUAUGCCCACCACUAAUGCCAGAGUUUCUUCAUUUAAUUAGUUGAUUUUCAGUCCAAGCAGUGAAAAUGGAUGAUUUGCCCCCAAAUAAGCCAUUAGCAAGUUAAAUUUGAAUCAAAUCUGGUACACAGAGUUGUCUGAUUACAUAUAAAUGUAACAAUUUGAACUCCCCAGA